AUGCUGGCUCCCGUACAAGCAACGGAUCCCAACGAGGUUCUCAAUCCCCCGGAGCAGGUCCCCUUGAAAGACCAGCCUCUUGAGGAUAUCAAGGACCAGGUUGACAAAGGUAAGGACAAUACGGUGAACACAAAAACCACCGAUUGGACCGUCAGCGAGGAUUACAAUUUUGAUGAAUGUAAGCACGACAGACCUGAACCCAGACAGUCGUUGCCUCCAGCCUACAGAGGAUGGAAAGAAGUGGGUGGAUACGACCACCAUGAGAAGUUGACUGCUGAGGAUGAAGCUACUGACUUGUUGCUGAAGGGCUCCUUUUUCGACAAUUACUUGCCUGCCGUGGCCUUUGGCGACUGGUACCACAAUGUGGCCUACAUGAUUCUCAGCGGCUUGUUGUCGUGGAUUGUGGGCUGGUUCCGUUUCUCGUUGGCUCCCGUUUUCUUCAUUAUGCUUGUCUUUGGCAUCUUGUACCGUAGUUCUGUCAGAAAGUACAGACAGUCGUUGCGUGAGGUGGCCCAGAGAGAGUUUUCCGUGAAGCUGAUUGAAAACGACUACGAGACCAUGGACUGGCUCAAUGUGUUUAUGGAGAAGUUCUGGCACUUUUUGGAGCCCUCGGUGGCUCAGAUUGUCACUGAACAGGUGAACCCCAUUUUGGCUGCUUCGCCUGCCCCUGCUUUUGUGAAGGCCUUGUGGCUCGACACUUUCACUGCUGGUACCAAGCCUCCCAGAAUCGUCAAGGUCAAGACUUUGGCUGGUACUGCUGACGAUGUCGUGGUUAUGGACUGGGGUGUGGCUUUCACGCCCAACUCCUUGGCUGAUUCCAACAACAAGCAGCAGAAGAACAACGUCAAUGAGAAGGUCGUCACCGUGGCCAACAUCUUUGGUGUUGAGAUUCCCGUUGCUGUUUCUGACGUUUCCUUCCACUGUUUGCUUAGAGUCAGAUUGAGAAUGAUGACUGCCUUCCCUCACAUCGAGACCAUCAGUGCCUCGUUGAUGGAGGCUCCUCAGAUUGAUUUUAAUUCGAGAGUUUUGGGUAACACCUCGUUCAACUGGGAGGUUUUGGCUAUUCCUGGUUUGUUCCCGCUCAUCAACGAGAUGAUCAAGAAAUACGCUGGUCCUAUUUUGUUUUCGCCGCUCUCCUUCCAAUUGAACGUUCAGCAAUUGAUGGCCGGUGCUCCUUUGAACUCCGCCGUGGGUCUUUUGGUUAUCGACGUCAAGCACGCCAAGGGUUUGAGAAACUUUGGCGGUAUCAACAACACCGUCGACCCAUACGUUACUUUUGGCUACUCUAAGGAGGUUCUUGAGCAGACCUCGGUUAAGAACGAUACCACAGAGCCCGUUUGGAACGAGCGUUUGUACGUCGUGGUGAACACCUUCUCGGAGCCUUUGAACAUCAACAUUUUGGACAAGCACAAGCGCAGAAAGGACAACCAGAUUGGUUCGAUCCAGUACGACUUGGAGACUUUCAGAGACAAGGAGAAGCAGGACAUCACUGCUCCUAUCAUCCGUAACAACAAGCCUGUUGGUGAGUUGCUGUUGUCGAUGCACUACAUGCCUACUUUGGUUUCCCAGAGACAGGCUGAUGGUGCCGUCAUUCCUCCUCCUGAACUUAACAGUGGUAUCGCCAGAAUUGAAGUUGCUGGUGCCAGACACUUGAAGUCCGAGGGUGAGGGUCAGGAACCAUUGACUACUUCUGCUGAGGUCUGGGUUCAAGGUAAGUGUGUCGUCCAGACCGGUGUUCAGAAGAAGAACAACAGUCCUACCUGGUCGGGUGCCAAGGAAAUGAUUAUCUUCAACCGUGCUAAGACCAGAGUCAAGAUCUUGAUUAAGGACGACAAGGGUAAGGUGAUCAAUGCUAUUGUCAAGAGAUUGAACGAUUUGAUUGAUGCUGCCAUGGUUGAUGAUCCAUGGUUCCAGUUGCCAAACGGUGGUGAAAUCCAGAUCAACUCUUUCUGGAAACCUGUCAUGUUGGAAGGUGCUGAAGGUACUGCUGGUUACACUCCACCAAUUGGUGUUGUCAGAGUCAGCGUGCAAAGCGCUGAGGAUUUGCGUAAUUUGGAGACUAUUGGUAAGGUUGAUCCUUAUGUUCGUAUUUUGGUGAACGGAAGUGAGAGACGAAGAACAGCCUAUUUCGACUCGACUUUGGAACCAACCUGGAAUGAAGUGCACUAUGUGACUAUCUCAUCGCCUAAUCAGAAAUUGACUUUGGAAGUGAUGGAUACAGAGAAGAUGGGCCCAGAUAGAACAUUGGGUUCGUUUGAUGUGAAAUUGCAGCCAUUAAUUCAGAAGGACAACAAGGGUAACUACAUUGAGACUGUUGAUCCAAAACAGCGUACCUCUAAAUUGAUCCACAAGAAGGGUCCUAAGGGUACUGUGACCUACUCCUUGUCUUUCUACCCUGUGUUGCCAGUUAUGACUAUGCAAGAUAUUAGAGAAGAGGAGGAAGAGCGCAAGGCCCAAGAGCAAGUCAAGAAGAAGUCCGACAAAUUGGUCAAGGAGAAGGGUGAGAAGGAGGCCUCUCAGUACUUGGAAGAGCAGGAGAAGCUUCAGAAGGAAGAGCAAGAGGAGAAGGAACAGCUCAGUUCCGGUAAGUUGGACUUGGGCUUGGACGAGUUGUUGGAGUACAAGAGCGGUGUGUUUGUUUACGAGAUUUCCGAGAUCGAGUCCUCCAAGGAGGGAUUGUACCUCCAGGCUUUCUUCGAUAACCAUGGUCUUCACGACUUUGUUACUCCAAAGUUGAAGCAGAGAAAGAUCACUCUGACGACUACUGGUGAAUUCACGGUCAAGGAGUUGGAGAGCUCCGAGGUGACUUUCAGACUUCAGAAGAAGGAGGAUGCCAACAAGUUGGAGAAGGCAGGUGCCGAGGGAACUUUCAAGGUUUUGGACUUGUUGAAGGACUCAUUCAACAAGACUACUACCAUCACCUUGUCUGGUUCUGUCACUGCAACCAUCAAGUUGCAAAGUUCGUGGAUGCCUGUCAUCUACACUUCUGGUAUCCCACCUCAAGACUCUAUGGACAACUGUGGUGUUUUGACCAUCACAGCCAAGAAUGCCGAGGACCUUCCUGCUGGUGACCGUAACGGUAAGUCCGACCCAUACGUGAAGUUGCACUUGAACACCGAGAAGGAUGCUUUCUUCAAGAGUAGGAAGAUCAAGAAGACUUUGAACCCACAAUGGAACGAGGCCACCGAGGUGGAGCUUGUCAACAAAUACGACACUGUCAUCAAAGUGGUUGUGUUUGACUGGGAUGUCGGUCCAGAGUCUGACGACUUGUUGGGUAUUGGUUACAUCCAUUUGUCUGAGAUGCAACCAGAAGGAGAAACCGAGUUCACUGUGCCAUUGUACGAUGAAGACGACCAGGAUGCUGGUGUGGCCUUCUUCAAAGCCAGUUUCGAGCCAAAGUUCAUUCUUCACUGUAAGGCUGAUUCCAGUAACUUUGGUAUUGUCGGUUCCGGUGUGGGCGCCGUUGGACACCUUGGUAAAGGUGUUGGUAAGGGCGUCGGCAAAGGUGUCGGUAAGGGUCUUGGAACUGUUUGA